CUCGCGGGAGGAGCAGCCCAGCAGCAACAGCAGCCAGGACUCCUUGCACAAGGGCUCCAAGAGGAAGGGGAUCAAAUCCUCCAUCGGGCGCUUGUUCGGGAAAAAAGAGAAGGGUCGCUUGAUUCAGCUGAGCAGAGAAGGGGCCACGGGGCAGGUGACGCUGACCGACGUGGAGGUGGGCAUGCAGGAUCCUCUGGGACUUGGCAAGCUGGGUGCUCAGGCUGAGAAGGAUCGGCGCCUGCGGAAAAAGCACGAACUCCUGGAAGAGGCUCGGAGGAAAGGAUUGCCUUUUGCUCACUGGGAUGGCCCCACUGUUGUCUCCUGGCUGGAGCUCUGGGUGGGGAUGCCGGCCUGGUAUGUUGCCGCUUGCCGAGCCAACGUGAAGAGCGGAGCCAUCAUGUCGGCCCUGUCCGACACAGAGAUCCAGAGGGAGAUCGGCAUCAGCAACGCGCUGCAUCGCCUCAAGCUGCGCCUGGCCAUCCAGGAGAUGGUUUCGCUCACGAGCCCCUCAGCACCACCCACCUCGCGGACGUCCUCUGGAAACGUUUGGGUCACCCACGAGGAGAUGGAGAACAUGGCAACUUCCACCAAGACGGUGAGGCUGAGCGGCCCCGCUGCGGCGGCGCGGCGUAUCG